CUGCUCGGCCCCGGCACUUUUUUCAGUUUUCCGGGUGCCGCAGAGGCGACCCCGCGGAGCCGAUGUCCCUGAUUCCCGGAGCGACGACGGCCGCUGCCUAACCUGGAAAGCAAUUCAGACACACAUUGAAGAAUAGCUUCUUCGAGGAUGAGGUACUCCCAGAUGUUGCCACAUAUAAUUCUCAAGAUCGUUUUAUAAGGAGGAAUGCCAGCUCCUGAGCAGGCCUCUUUGGUGGAGGAGGGCCAACCACAGACCCACCAGGAAGCCACCUCCCCUGGGCCAGGCAUGGAGCCCGAGACCACAGCCACCACCCUUCUAGCCUCCGUGAAGGAGCAGGAGCUUCAGUUUCAACGCCUCACCCGAGAACUGGAAGUGGAAAGGCAGAUUGUUGCCAGUCAGCUCGAAAGAUGUAGGCUUGGAGCAGAAUCACCAAGCAUCGCCAGCACCAGCUCAACUGAGAAGUCAUUUCCUUGGAGAUCAACAGAUGUGCCAAAUACUGGUGUAAGCAAGCCCAGAGGUUCUGACCCAGCUCACCCCAACACCUAUCUCAUCCGGGCCGAGCCGGAACAGGGGCCCCUCUACUCACCGGAGCAGACAUCUCUCCAUGAAAGAUCAUUGGGUAACUCAAGAAGCUCAACACAAAUGAAUUCUUAUUCUGACAGUGGAUACCAGGAAGCAGGGAGUUUCCACAACAGCCAGAGUGUGAGCAAGGCAGAUAAUAGGCAGCAGCAUUCAUUCCUAGCAUCAACUAAUAACCAUUUAGUGAGGAACUCAAGAGCCGAAGGACAAACUCUGGUUCAGCCAUCAGUAGCCAGUCGGGCCAUGAGAAGAGUGAGUUCCGUUCCAUCUAGAGCGCAGUCUCCUUCUUAUGUGGUCAGCACAGGCGUGUCUCCUUCCAGGGGCUCACUGAGAACUUCUCUGGGUAGUGGAUUUGGCUCUCCAUCAGUGAGCGACUCCCGACCACUGAACCCUACUGCAUAUUCCUCCACGACAUUACCCGCUCAGCGGGCAGCCUCUCCAUUCUCCGCACAGAGACCCAGCUCCCCAACCGCUGUACGACGAAUUGGGUCUGUCACCUCCAGGCAGACCUCCAAUCCCAACGGACCAACCCCUCAGUACCAAACCACCGCCAGAGUGGGGUCCCCCCUAACCCUGACGGAUGCACAGACUCGAGUAACGGCCCCAGCCCAAAGCCAGGUGGGGUCAUCAUCCCCCAAACGCUCCGGGAUGACCGCCGUACCCCAGCACCUGGGACCUUCACUGCAAAGGACUGUUCAUGACAUGGACCAGUUUGGACAGCAGCAGUAUGAAAUUUAUGAGAGGAUGGUGCCCCCGCGGCCGGACAGCCUGACGGGCUUACGGAGUUCAUAUGCUAGUCAGCACAGCCAGCUUGGGCAAGAACUUCGUUCAACUGUGUCUCCCGACUUGCACAUCACUCCUAUCUAUGAAGGGCGAACCUAUUACAGCCCAGUGUACCGCAGCCCAAAUCAUGGAACCGUGGAGCUCCAGGGAUCGCAGACAGCCUUGUAUCGCACAGGCUCAGUAGGUGUUGGAAAUCUACAAAGGACGUCCAGCCAACGAAGUACCCUUACAUACCAAAGAAAUAAUUAUGCUCUGAACACAGCCGCUACCUACGCAGAGCCCUACAGGCCAGUUCAGUACCGAGUGCAGGAGUGCAAUUACAGCAGGCUGCAGCACGCACCACCAGCCGAUGAUGGUACCACGAGGUCCCCAUCAAUAGACAGUAUUCAGAAAGACCCCAGGGAGUUUGCCUGGCGAGAUCCCGAAUUACCUGAAGUCAUCCACAUGCUGCAGCACCAGUUCCCGUCGGUGCAGGCGAAUGCCGCAGCCUACCUGCAGCACCUGUGCUUCGGGGACAACAAAGUGAAGAUGGAGGUGUGUAGGUUAGGGGGAAUCAAGCACCUGGUUGACCUUUUGGACCACAGAGUGUUGGAAGUUCAGAAGAAUGCUUGUGGUGCUCUCCGAAACCUGGUUUUUGGCAAGUCUACAGAUGAAAAUAAAAUAGCAAUGAAGAAUGUUGGUGGUAUACCAGCUUUGUUGCGACUGUUGAGAAAAUCUAUUGAUGCAGAAAUAAGGGAGCUUGUUACAGGGGUUCUUUGGAAUUUGUCCUCAUGUGAUUCUGUGAAGAUGACCAUCAUCCGUGAUGCUCUCUCCACCUUAACAAACACUGUGAUCGUUCCACACUCGGGAUGGAACAACUCUUCUUUUGAUGAUGACCAUAAAAUUAAGUUCCAGACCUCACUAGUCCUGCGGAACACGACAGGCUGUCUGAGGAACCUCAGCUCUGCGGGGGAGGAAGCCCGGAAGCAAAUGCGAUCCUGUGAGGGCCUGGUGGACUCGCUGUUGUACGUGAUCCACACCUGUGUGAACACAUCUGAUUACGACAGCAAGACAGUGGAGAACUGUGUGUGCACCCUGAGGAACCUGUCCUAUCGGCUGGAACUGGAAGUCCCUCAGGCCCGGCUGCUGGGGCUCAACGAAUUGGAUGACUUACUAGGAAAAGAGUCUCCCAGCAAAGACUCGGAGCCAAGCUGCUGGGGGAAGAAGAAGAAGAAGAAAAAGAGGACGCCACAGGAGGAUCAAUGGGAUGGAGUUGGUCCUAUCCCAGGGCUGUCUAAGUCCCCAAAGGGGGUUGAGAUGCUGUGGCAUCCAUCGGUGGUGAAACCAUAUCUGACUCUUCUAGCAGAAAGCUCGAACCCAGCCACCUUGGAAGGCUCUGCUGGCUCUCUCCAGAACCUCUCUGCUGGCAACUGGAAGUUUGCAGCGUACAUCCGGGCGGCGGUCCGAAAAGAAAAAGGGCUCCCCAUCCUUGUGGAACUCCUGAGAAUGGAUAACGAUAGAGUCGUUUCUUCCGUGGCAACCGCCUUGAGGAACAUGGCGCUCGACGUCCGCAACAAGGAGCUCAUAGAGUACACGUUAAUGACUUGUAACUUUUCCCUCUCUAGCCCCUUGGAAUGCCCACCCAAGAGUGAGAAAGAUCCCUUCCCCAGUCCCUUUCCACCCCGGAGCAGCAAGGCAGAGUCAGAGGAGGAAACCCUAGCACAUGAACGUCAAGGAGGCACCCACUCUCAGGUUUCUGCACGUCAUUAUAUGGACUGGCGUGAAUAUAUCCUGAGCCUGUCUAAAAUGCUCCUGUCAGAUGAGCUCGGAGAGGGGAGACUGGAGGAAGAAGAAGAGAAAGCAGUGAGGUUUCCCACAGAGAACUGCUGUGAGAAGCAGCCCCCCAGGCCCUGUGGUCCCCAGAGAGAAGGCCUCUUGGCCGCUGGUUUGCAGCCUGGCUCUCCUAACUGGGAGCCUGGGGUUGGCCACUCGCAUUCACUACAGCCCCCCUCUUUCCCUAGGUCGUCUCUAAAAGUGGUGAAGGCCGCAGCCCAGGUCUUGAAUACAUUGUGGCAAUACCGGGACCUCCGGAGCAUUUAUAAGAAGGAUGGGUGGAAUCAGAACCAUUUUAUUACACCUGUGUCGACACUCGAGCGAGACCGAUUCAAAUCGCAUCCUUCCCUGUCUACCACCAACCAACAGAUGUCACCCGUCAUGCAGUCAGUCGGCAGCACCUCUUCCUCACCAGCACUGUUAGGAAUCAGAGACCCUCGCUCUGAAUACGAUAGGACCCAGCCACCUAUGCAGUAUUACAAUAGCCAAGGGGAUGCCGCCCAUAAAGGCCUGUACCCUGGCUCCAGCAAACCUUCACCAAUUUACAUGAGUUCCUAUUCCUCACCAGCAAGAGAACAAAAUAGACGGCUACAGCAUCAGCAGUUGUGUUACACGCAGGAUGACCCCAGCAGAAAGAACUUUGAUGCAUACCGAUUGUACUUACAGUCUCCUCAUAGCUAUGAAGAUCCUUAUUUUGACGACCGUGUCCACUUCCCAGCGUCUACUGAUUACUCCUCACAGUAUGGACUGAAGUCGACCACCAAUUACGUAGACUUUUACUCCACUAAACAACCUUCUUACAGAGCCGAACAGUACCCAGGGUCCCCAGACUCGUGGGUGUAGCAUCGACGUGCCGGGAGAGGGACGCUCUGGACCAUUGUUUGGAUUGCGAUGGGAAGCCCAUCUUGCUGAGUCGAUGGUGACCGUGAACGUGAAAUGAAAGGAAGGAGUGAAGAGCAAAUGUUUCUUUAUUUUCUUUUUUGAGGAAUUAUCAGGGAAGUGAGGGAAUCUUUGGGAGAGAGGACUUUCUACCUUCUAUUUAGACGUUAGGUGUAACUACUUGUAGAUUCUGUAGUCUGGUGAAGGUGUGGGCGACGUACGUGAUGAGAGGCUUGAGAAAUGGGUGAAAUGAGAUGGGGGAUGUGUAGGUCAAAUCAAAUUAAAGAUGAUUUUUUUAAUGUGAAUAAAGUUAUGUUCUGAUAGUUUGUACAGAAAAAAAAUUAAAUGGAUGCCCUACAUGUUUUAUUGCUAUUACUAAAUGUCAAGAUUGUAUGCUAUUAUGUCUUGUAAAUUUCUUCGGUUGGUGUACAUAUGGAAAUGCCACAUUGGUUAAGUGCCAUCAUUUGUAAUGCAGUGUGUCGUUUGAAGAGAGUUGGAGACAGUGACGGCUUACAACACACGUGGGAAACCCGAGGAAGCGUUAGCAAGUAGAACCACCGGCAGCAUCCUUUGUUUUCAAGAUGAGCAGUGAACUGCUGAAGCACAAAGUCCAGUCUGCUUUCCGCUGUGCCAUGCCCAUUCCCUGCCUCUUACAUAGGACACUUCACUGCCAUUUUCUAUGCACAUAGACGAGAAAUAAAUGUGGACAUUUCACCCUUGGA